AUGUCAGCAAAUGUAGCAGGGGCAUUGAAUGUUAUGAGGAAAUUCUGAGUACUUACACUUUUUUCUGUCACAGAGACGGUUAUAGACAACUUCUCUAAUCUGCUCUCGCUGAUCGGUUCCAAUGCGGACAUGCGGGACAUUUUUCGGGACGUGCUUCGCGUCGCAGGACAUCUCGUAGAUUCUCGUGAAGUAGAAGCCUUAACGACCAAAAUCCUAGCGACAGCGCAGCAAGGAGGAAUAGUUGCCAAUAACUCGUCGGAUGGCAGUAUUAAGGCAGUUUUUGUAAACAAGACGAGAAGUUUUCGUGGUCUAGAAUUUCCACUUAAUAUAGGUCAAAUGUAUCCUGUUCUUCCGUAGACUUUUCACUACGUUUUACCACUCUAAGAAAGCUAAAGUCGGCACCACGCCAACCACCCUAAGCCCUAACGCUACGGUGCACUGGGGACACCAUUCUACAGCAUCUGUUGGAUUCUUCAAACAAGCGACUGCUUCGCCAAGAGGAGCUGCCACGCAUGGGUACAACCUACCAUUAAGGCUAGCAUGCAUUUGCGCGAUCUGUAGUGCAUUGGAUUGAUGGAAGACGGAAUGGCAGAAUCUGUGCCACUAUCUGCAAUCCUGUGAAGUAUCAUGCGCAUGUACUCAGAAUAGUACUAUGAAGUCUUGAGGGUUACUUAGAAUAGUACUUCGAAUAGUACUAUCUUCAGAAGAUCAUGAGGGCGGAUAUUCUGGGAGAAUUGGAAGGAAUAUCCGCCCUCAUGUCUUGGGAGGCUGCUCUGUCUUUGGAGACUCUCUUAAUAACCUCGAGUCUCCAGGGAUGAUUCAAAGACAGUUCUAAUAGGAGCAAAGAGCUUUUGGAGCGUGGAUCAAAGGACGUCAGGUUCAAUUUGGUCUCGUUUCCCAACGCUCCACCUGAUCUGCAGAGACCUCAUCACCGCUAGACGCGAGGAAUUGGAUGCGGGAGUGCGCAGUGCACCACUGCCAGCAUCGGAAGAGGACAAAGCGAGAGGAAGGAGAGAUAAAUUGGUAUAAGUGUAAUUGGUUUGCUGGGUAUUUGUUUCAGUCUGCUUAUGAGGUACGUACUUUGAAGAAGGUGCAAGACUGUUGCAGUCGACAAACUUCUACUUUUUUUACUAGGUUCAACAUCUUCAGCAGGUUUCAACAUUUCCCCACCAUACUUGAACGUAUUCAACUUCAACAGCUUCUCGCCAUCCGCAGUCUACCAUGUAUUAAGCUGGAGACACCGCUCCACUGUGCUGUGGCUCAAAUGGAACCCAGCAUCGUCAAGGCUAUGCUGCAACUAGGCGCUCAACCGGAUUUCUCCUUGAACCCGCUUGCGGCAUUGUACGUCCAGGCACAGGACCGGUUCUAUGCAGAGCUGUUGGAUGGUAUAAUAACUCACUUGUUUCGUGACAAGAGGCAUGUUAUCUCUCCAUUUCUUUUUAUUUCAGUUAGAGCACAUCUCGUCCCACUCCCUGCAGCACACGCAGCAUGAAAUAAAAAUAGACAGUAUGAUAUGAAAGGAAGGAGUGCACUCACACUCAAGGAAGUAGCUACUUUCGUACUUCAAUCCUAGCCAGCUUCGUGAGUGUGAGUGCACUUUUUCCUUUCAUAUAUGAUUAUCUCACCCCUAUCAAAUGCCACAGAUGGCGAAGAAUCCGACUGCAAUGAUGAGACCCUCCCGAGGCGUAUGACAAGCAGUUCUCGGUCAGACGAGCAUAGAGAGUCAACAAGAAGUGUCAACAGCAACCUGCUGUCCGACGCUGCUGCUGCGACGCCGAAAAGUACUUUGUUAUUUGCUUUACUCGAGCUUCUAUGCACCUAUGUGUAUGUAGAGGGAGGAGUUGUUUUCUCACUAUUGCUUAACAAAGCAACGCCAACAUUUAAGUAGUUUGUAUCUAGAUAGAGCUUUUACCAUGAUUGAUUCCACUCCAAUAGACACUCCCCCAACAUCCCACUCCAGCUCCCACAGUGCGCGCCACCACAGUGGGAAUUGAGGCUCCAACCCAGGAGACUGACAAGAUGAAACGAAAUCCGACACCGAGUUUGUCCAGCCCACCAGUCCUGUCGUCUCCGCGUGACGACAGUGCUUGGAGAAAACAUCCAAAUGUCGUGAAUCUUAAGGCUAUAAUUAUAGAAAGGGCAUCAUUCUCCUCAUCCCACCCUGGCGCUCUUUCGAUUCGAAUACUCAAAAUGAGGAAGUAACAAACACGAUAACCGAGUAUCUUAGAUUGUUAUCUAGAUUGCUCGCUUAUUUCAGUUUUUCGCAUACUUGAAAAAGAGGCUAAGGAUGCUACCUGAAAAAUGAAAGUCAAGUAGGAUGCUACUUGAAAAAGAUGCCAGUGUUGUAGAACGAAGUAGCUCUAAGAAUCAAGAUAAUUCUGGUCGCGAAGGUGACCAUGAACGUAGUGCCACCAAAGAUCCUCAAGGCAUGAACGGAGGGAAGGGGAGAACGUCUCGAAUUUUUUCGAGUUCGAGCAAAGACACAGCCGCGAGUAAGGCGUAUUUGGCUGCCCCGCUAGUUGAUGAACCACCCUUGUCAUUGGAAUUCUUGAAACAGGUACAGCUAUUUUUUCUUGAUGAUUCCUCGGCUAGUUGUGAUGCAAGGAAAAAUGAAGGCAGAAGUUACGGUAGAAGUACUUUAGCAGUAGAUGACGCAAACGAACUCAAUAGCUUUAGCAAGACUUGUUCCUGAAAAAAAAACCGCAAAACUUUGUUUACCCUCAUACCGCAAAACCACACCAGCCUCCGCUGGUCCUCCUAACGGCACGUAGCACUGGCAUGACUUCUCCACGAGACUCAACAGCUAAAAUUCGAGAGAUCCGACACCUACUGCAGGCUGAAUCCCUCAGAAAACGACGUGUUUCAUCAACACCGAAGGUGGAUCAUACGCUAUCCUCAACCAAGGAUACUGAUCUGUCACAUGUCGUCGACACAUCAUUGUUCAUUAUGGUUGACUUAAUAUUUCGUACAGGAUGUUUAGUACAACAGGGUGUAAUGUUGUCAAUGUCACUAUAAAGAUGAUUGAAGAUGAUAGACGAGAAGGAUUGGUAGUCAUCAUUUAUAUUCUGCUCUGAGUUUUUGAUGUUAGGUUUGAUCUUGCUCUUGGAACAAGUCCCGACUUACCACUGCUCUCAUCAUUACUCCCAUCCGUGCUCACUUCACACUCACACUCCCGUUCUCUAAUCUCCAAGAGGCUACUCUAGUCCAGUGGGAUAGCGUCUACGCUGUGGCGGAGCUACUCGAAAGUGAAACUUUCGUGAAAACUCUAGAACAACUCUGUGAUUGGUAUAUUGGUUUGGCACCGCGUCCUUGGCACAGGGUGGCUCGAUUCUGGCGCUUCUAUGGGGAACGAGUGAGCGGAAAGGUAACUGGGAAAGGUUUAUGGAACAAAUGGUUUAAUUUCAUGGUUUGUUUAAGUAGAAGCAGUCGUGCGACUUGCAGCAGUCUUACAUGCUAGAAGAAGCACUUGUAAGAUGACAAAUAACUUCCCACCACACCACGCACAACCUCUGUUUUCAUACCGCGAAGUCAACAUCGGCACCGGAGGACCGACUUUGUUGAAAAAUGAUCCGCAGAAGGCCUUGAAGAACGAUCCGGAGAAGGUAAGCAUCAAAGACCAAACUUCUAUCAUUAAGGCUUCCAGUGAAAAUUCAUCUCAAGAACGAAGCAUCUUGGGCUUUUUUUUCACGCCCAAGAAAGAUGCUUGUCGCGAUGAAUAUACGCAAGGUCCAAUAUUCACGAUGGUCCGGAGCUAGCAGUCGCGAAGAAUACAGACCAGCCAGUGGGAGUGAAUAAAACAGUAACAUCAAAAAGUGGAAAUCUGAAACCUGAAACAUCAACAUCAGUUGGACAGGAGACUACGCAGGGCACUACAACUUCUACCACUGCAGAAACUACUACCACAGAGAGCUCUGCAAAGUUAUGAACACACGGACACGCUUGUGGAGGAGGUCAAAAUUUAGGGAAAAUUAGGGGAUACUUAUUAUGGUUCCCUAAUUUUCCCUAAUUUUCCCUAUGUGGGAGGUUUAAGCGUGUCCGUUUGUUUCUAACAAAGAAUGAGACAACAGACGUCGAAACCGUCGAUGACACUGCGUCCACAGCUGCAAAGAAGGUGGUGAAAGUCGACUCAGUGUCACGGGAUUCGUCGUCAGAAAGAUUAAAUGCUAGAGAACUUCUGAACAGGGAACUGAACGCACGCGAGACAACUGCGCCUGGAGGAGCUCUGGGGAAGUUACGGUGACAUAUUCAGAUGUCAUCUGUAGUUGUUCUAUAGAAAACGCUGAAGAAAAGGAUGAGAGGAGAAAGAAAGACGUAACACAAGUCUCGACGAAAUAUAGAUGUCAUCAGCUGGACUACAUCUAGACUUCAUGCACUACAGGGCUAGUAGUCUAAUUUGCUUCCAAUGAAUUCGUCGUGCAGUAGACAAGGACUCGUUUACAGCCUUUUGUUUCGUGUUGUACAAUGAUGGUUUUUGUUACAAACGUUGUUUAUAGACAAUAAGCACGUUGUUUUGACAAUCAGAAUAGAGGAAUGAAAGGGAAAAUGCAUAACUAAUUAAAGCUGUCUGCAAUACCCCACGAAUGGGUACACUACUGACGUCGAUUGUAAAAAAGCUACCACUAUCUAGUAUGUACAUCUGACCAGUUUAUCAUGAACAGCAUUCUGCUUCCGGUACGACCGGUCGUUCACUAAUUAGACUAAUUGAAAGUUAGUGAUUGAAUAUUUCGACGACGCGGUUGAAUCAACAUCACCUCGACAUUCAAUUUAACAGUGAUGUUGAUUGAAUAUUUCGACGACGCGGUUGGAUCAACAUCACCUCCACAAUUUUCUUUCUAGAAGGUAGAACGCGCCCAAGUCCUGAGCAGGUAGGAGACCUUGGGCUUGAAAGGUGAGCUUCUAAAUAGAACUCCCAAGUCCGAUCAAGGUGGCCGAGGACGGGCGACGGCAGGUGUGUUGCCUGACGACGCGGAGUUGCUGCCAGGUGCUUUACCAUUAAGGCGCGUCAAGAUCGACCGUCGUCUUGUUCACAGACGGGGAUCUCUUCGUUUUCCAACGAGAAAACAAAAAAGAUCCCCGAAUGUAAACAAAACAAAUCAACCAUUACCCGACUACCUUUAUCGCUUUUUGGACUUCCGGACUUAUUCUUAACUGCUAUAAGAAAGCGAAUACUAACUGGGGAUACUAACUGGGGAGUUUUUUUUUAACAGUGAUGUUGAUUGAAUAUUUCGACGACGCGGUUGCGAAUUCUCGUGAGCUCUAAUGGCAGGUCUCGUGCAGCGCAGUUCUUGUUUACAUUCGGGGAUCUUUUUUGUUUUCUAGUUGGAAAACGAAAGAGAUCCCCAUCUUGUCUUUGGGUUAUGAUCUACUUAAAAAAAUCUAUCUUUGGACGACGAAUUCUCGUGAGCUCUAAUGCCAGGUGCCGUGCCGAUAGAAGACAGCACAGAAGAUACGGAAGAGGUAGUACCUCCUGUCUCCAGUUCCAAGGAACCUGGGAAGGGAAAUGCAAAUGCUAGCAGGGAUACGUUGAUGUUAAGGCUAGAAGAAAUCCAUCUUCACAGGCAUCCUGAGACCGUUUUCAAGGGGAGAAAGGUCCUCGGAUGCGUCUCAAGAUGGAUUUCUCUUAGUUCUAAUGAUGGUGGAUUGA